AUGCGACAUCAUGCUGCUCAGGACAGCACGAAAUCUGGUGCGCCUAUUGCGCAGGUACUGAAUGAUACGGAUCCAAUCCAAGAUGCCACAAAUCCCUCGUCCACGUCACAUGUGUCUCAAGCAGCACCCUUCAGUGGUAAGCUAGCUGACCUACUGCUUGACACACCGGAUCGACUGCGAACAAGCGAGUGGAGGCGUGCAGAGCAUCAAUAUGAGGAACCAUCCCGGACAGCUGGCGAGAAUCCAGUCUUCAAGCUUCCGCAGCUUCCACAGCUGCCCACAAAGACUACAGAACGUGCUAGGAUACCGCCUUUGCUCCAGGGUCUUCAUCAGCCACCUCCGCUUCCACCUUCUGGUAGACUGUUUCCGCCCAUUACGGAUGGAGCCAGCGGCUUUGAGCAAGACAUUCGCAACAGGAUCAAUUCCGUUAGUGCAUCCCAUGAAGCGCGGAGUAAAGCAAGUAAGGACAGUGUGUCGUCUAGAACGGUGGAAUCAAACGAUUCGAAUGACGUCGAUGGUGAACACGAGAAGGACGAUCAAGAUGACCUACCCCCAGCAAAGCCUGUGUCCACCCAGGAUGAAGACUUGCCUUCUCCUCCAGCGGCGGACGGAAGCGAAUCACAAACAGCACCUCACAAACAGAAGGGCAAAAAGAGGAAGAGGUGGUCUGAUGAUGAGACUAGAGACUUGCUGUUGGGUGUCAGCAGAUUUGGCAUCGGCAAAUGGAAGAGGAUUUUACAGUGCCCAGAUUACACAUUCCAUGAACGGACUGCUGUUGAUCUGAAGGACCGGUUUCGCGUAUGCUGUACACCCGAAGGCUCAAAGCGAAGAGGACACAAGCGACAGGAUGAGGAGAUAGGAGAAAGGAAAUCUGGCGUAGAGAGACCAAGCAACGAGUCUGCAACCCCGAACGACGUGAGCACCAAAGCCGCUGAAGACGAGUUACGAGUGACGCAUCCAACAUUAGUGCAUUUGGGUAUCAACACGCCUUUUGCUAAGAGUACACGGCGUCCACGUCGUGGCUUCACAUCACGAGAUGAUGAGAAUCUGCGCAAGGGUUUCGAAAAGUACGGCGCUGCUUGGCAUUCGAUGCGCGACGACAGGGAAUUAGGAUUUGGAGCUCGUCAUUCCACGGAUUUGCGCGAUCGGUUUCGCAUCCGGUUCCCACAAAUAUACGCUCAGGCAGGGUAUAAAACCAAGAGCAAAGCCAAGACCAGGCGAGAUGAGAAGGAAGAUUCGAGCAAGCCAUCAGACGCUGUGCCCUCACAGGAACCAAAAGAGUCUAUUCCAGAGUCUAGGAAGAGAAGCCAUGUCGAAGACAGUGUUCCGGAAGUCACUGUCAGUGAUGUUACAGAACGCUACCUGGUACCCACCUCCAGCGCGAAACAACAAUUACCCUACAACUUGUACCAAACGGAUCCCGGCCCAUUCUCCUUUGGAGAUGUCUCGAGCGGGAUGCCACCUGACAAGGACGACUUCAGCAACAUCGUACUGAAUCGAAAUAUCUUACAAUGGGCGGACGCUAACAACUUCCUAAUGGCAAACGCAACAACCACCGCGACCGGCUCAUACGCUACGAACCAUGCACUCGACAUGUCGAUGCACAUUACAUAUCCGAAUGACGGCCACAUAGACCCCAUGGCCACGCUCAAACUCCCAUUGAUGGGGCCUUCUGCGCACGCCGAAUCUGCCGACGAUUGUGUUUCCGCAUGUACCUGCUGCGAGUGCUAG